CGAGAUGCCAGAGCUGCUACCUCAUCGACUCUGUUUGGCCUCCACUCCGCCAGCACCCUCCCAUCGCACCACCAGCGCCACCGCCCAUCCUCCACCAUGCGGCCCGCAUUCCGCCUCCUUGCGACUGUGCAAAGGAGCGGCUCGCAGUAUCUCGAAGCUGGCGCUCCUACCGGCCUCACGGGACUGCUCACACACGCCUCCCCACGAACAACACUGCUCUACCUCUACAAUGACACGUUGGAAAAGCUGAAGCAAUUUCCCGAGCACAGCGUCUACCGACAGUCAACCGAGGCCUUGACAAAACACCGCAUGCGAAUAGUCGAAUCUGUCAAGCCGCAAGGACUCAAGGAAUGGCAGCAACGCGUGAUGCCGGUCGUGGAGGCCAACUCUAGCGCAUUCAAGACCAUCCCAGUGACAACGAGCGAUGGCGAGAAGGCGGUCAACAUCAUCUGGAAAGCUGGCGCAUACUUGGGACAAUCAGAUCCGGAGGACAAUUUGGAAUACAAGGGUAGAGCACCAUUGGAAGGACCACGAACACUUUCGGAGCGUGAGAGCCAGGGCAAGCAAUUAUCAUACGAUCAAAUCGGACACCACACCAGCAUUCCGGAAAUCGAGCCUGAGCCGCCGCUUACUGCUAGCCAAAUCGGCGAGAUCGAGCAGCAGAUCGGCGCGGGUUUGGUAGAAGAGGUUAUCCAGGUUGCAGAGGGCGAGAGAGAGCUUGCGCAGGUCUUAUUGGACAACAAGGUGUGGGAGGACCUCGAGGAGAAGCCGCCAGCAGGUCAAUGGGUGGGCCACGAGAGGGCGGACAGGCAUACUGGAACCACGCAAAAGCCUUAGACUGGAUUAAGAGUGCAUCUACAGGCGGUUGUAUUAGAGGCAGAGAAGUCAAGAUGGCAAAAAAGCCGCUACUAAGUGUGCGAGCACUCUCUGAGUGUACAUAUGUACAACAAGAUUUCACGACAUUGCAGUCUCCCUCAUUUCUACGAGCAGGUACUUUCGCUUCAGGUUACUGACGAUCUACUGCAGAACAUUAGACGCAUACUCAAGC